AUGUCAGCUGUUGGUUCGUACAGUCCAGCGACGCAGCAAACUCUGGCCUUCAGUCUUUCGGCCAGAGAAGAUCCCGAGAAACGACGGAUGUCUAGACUGCGCAGAGGACUUUCGCCUGUCGCAGUCGGCCUAGCUUGUAAUUUCCGAGUGCUGCACGCGCGCGCGCCCCACCUUGCCGCAGAGCCUCCACUUUCCAGAUCCUGGGAGUUGCGGCAAGUUCAUGCUUUGCAGUAUCUCAGGGCCGAAGAAGCGACAACCUUAGGCGGAGACUGCAUAUUUUGUUCGGAGGGUGCCUCAAUGCCGCAAGACCAGGGCCAGGAAAGCUCCGAGAUCCGUUGGGAGUUGGACACACCAUGCUCAGAACAGGAGCUCGAUGCUGCCCUCAGAGCCCUUAUUCGUCCACAGGAGCCAGGAUGUCUGGCACGAUUCGAAGAGAUCUGCUGUGAAGCCGUGCAGCACAUUCGCAAACUCGGUGUUGCAGUUCAAGAGCAUCGGUGUCAGGGCUCAAUCUCUCGUGGGACGAACCUCUUGCGCACUACGAUGCAUCAUGCAACCACCCAAGGCCGACGCACCGGCUCGGAUGGCGACUGCCUGCUGAUCUUCGACACAUGCAACGACUCCGGACCGGAGCUGCAAAAGCUCGUUCUCCAGGGCAUCACCCAGUGGAUUGAUUCGCUCGACAAGACUUUCUUCAGCUCUGAGCUUGCUGUAGGAGGGUCAGCAUUGGCUUCGAUUGAAGCCCUAAGAACUUUAUAUGGGGAGGUGGAGCAGCGAGCAGAUGCAGAAGACGAAGCUAUGGAAGCUCUGAGAGGCCUGUUCGAGGAGGCAGGGCAGCGAGCGUGCGCAGAAGCCAAGGCGAGUCUCGGCAAGUAUGGCGUGAACGUGCAAAUUGGGGCACCGGGAAUGGGAGGGGCCUUGUCCGGACUUGGCGAUGCUGAUGUUAGCUACGACAUGGACUUCAUCCCUUGCGUGGCCUCUGGAACCGGCAUUAAAGUGUUCAACAACGAAUCCGGCAUGUGGGUCCAAAACGACCCCUGUGCACUUGCACAGGUGUUUGCAUCUCGCACGAAGCAAGUGCCUUCCCUUCGCUUGGUUGUCUUGGCCCUGAAAUAUUGGAAUGAGCAUCAACGUAUUCGCAUCGGUGGCGAGUUUCAGAAGCCGUUGACAGGCAUCGUUAUUGAGAUGUCACUGUGCUUGCAGCAUGGGCCCGUAGACAGUGCGUGGGUCCAAGCGGGUGACGAACUUCUUCAAGACCUCAUUAGCAAAGGCGCGCAGCAUGUGGCCCUGGUUUUGGACCAACAGAUCCGAGCGCCAUGCACGGAGAAGGUGCUUAAUGAGUAUCUUUUGUCAGAGCCGGAAGUCCUGUGUCGGAUACAGUGUGCCUUGCAGAGCUUCGCCCGCGCCAUACGUACAUGCCAGACCCGGCUUUUGCUGCGGCAUAUCUUUAUUGGUUCCUAUUUGGAGCAGAUCCACUGGACACCAGCUUUUGAAGAUUAA